AUGGCAACCACCAAGGAAGAGGAUGUCCAAAUGAUGCUCGUUUGCAAGACCCACCUGGGCACUCGCAAUGUUGACUUCCGCAUGAAGCGCUACGUCUUCCGCCGCACGGUGGACGGUAUCCACAUCAUCCACCUCGGAAAGACUUGGGAGAAGCUGAUGGUGGCAGCCCGCAUGAUCGUUGCCAUCGAGAACCCUCAGGACAUCAUCGUGGCCUCCCAGCGACCCUACGGCUCUCGCGCCGUCCUCAAGUUCAGCCAGUACACAGGCGCCAACCCCUUGGCUGGACGCUGGACUCCCGGCACCUUGACCAACCAGAUCACUCAGAAGUACUUGGAACCCCGCCUCCUCAUUGUGACGGACCCGCGCACGGACAACCAGGCUAUCAAGGAGGCGGCAUAUGCCAGCAUUCCGGUUAUUGCCCUCUGUGACACUGACUCUCCUUUGGAGAACGUGGACGUUGCCAUCCCUGCCAACAACAAGGGCAAGGAGUCCAUCGCCUUGCUCUACUGGCUCCUGGCCAGGGAGGUCCUCUACCUGCGGGGAAGCAUGCCUCGCACGCAGCCGUGGGACGUGAUGGUGGACUCGUUCUUCUGGCGUGACCCAGAGGAGAUCAUGCAGCAGGAGGAGCCUGCCGCACCGCAGCAGGAAUGGGCCGCCCCGGCACAGGCCUGGGAGGGCGCAGGUGGUGGUGGCAACUGGGAUGACAUGACCAACGCGGCCGCUGGCGAUGCCUCCUGGGAUGCUCCCGCAGGUGGUGGUGACGACUGGAGCGCCCCUCAGCAGGCGCAGGGCGGCGGCGGCGGCUGGUGA